GAAGGGUGGAGGGUAGACAGAGAGAUAGUGCCUCUCAUUGUGCUCCCCUCUUGUGAGGAAAGUAAGGAACAGAUUGGACAUUAAGACAGAAAGAUAUUAGGCCCCAGGUUUUUGGUUUUGGACCGGUGUGGAGAUGAAGUUUCUCUUCAGAGCUCUGAGUGCUCUGCUCUGCUGCUCGCUGUCCUCCUCACACACACUGGAUCCAGCUGGGAAGAAUGUCUGCCGCGAUGUCAGGGACCCCUCCACCCUUGUCUGUUGCACUGGAUGGCGUCAAAAGGAAAAAGAGUGCACUAUACCUGUGUGUGAGGGCAAGCAGGCCUGCCUAAAGGAUGAGAUCUGUGUGUAUCCUGGAGUGUGUCGCUGUCCACCUGGCUUCUUUGGAGCUCAAUGCAAAACACGCUGUCCUCCUGAGUUCUGGGCUUCAGACUGUCGUCAGAUGUGUCAGUGCCACCCACAUGGCCGGUGUCACCCCGUCACUGGUGAAUGCACCUGUAACCCCAACCGCUGGGGUCCGCUGUGCCAGUACACGUGCAAAUGCGCCCGCCAUGGCCACUGCCACCCCGUCCACGGAAACUGCACCUGCGAUGAAGGCUGGUGGACGCCAACCUGCUCCAAACCGUGCCAGUGCGUCAGCGGGGGCUCUGUGGGCCCCAGCUGCAACCAGCUGACAGGCCGCUGUCAGUGCCAAAGAGGACACUGGGCACUGAAAUGCUCCAUCACUUGCAACUGCUUUCUGUCGCAGUGUAAUCAGCGGACUGGUGUGUGUGAAUGUGAGGCAGGCUGGUGGGGACCCAGUUGUGAGUGGAAAUGUAACUGUGACCUCACACACAGCAGCUGUGACCCAGUUACUGGGCAGUGCCGGUGCCACCCGGGGUACCAGGGUGUCUUCUGUAACCAGCCUUGUCAAUCUGGGAAGUAUGGCAGUGGGUGUAAAAUGAGUUGUGGUCACUGUAAAGACAACCAGCUCUGCUCUGCCACUGACGGCGCCUGUGCCCCCUGCGAACCCGGCUGGAACGGUACACAAUGCAAACAGCAGUGCCUGUCUGGUUAUUAUGGCGACGGUUGUCGGGAAAAGUGUCCACGUUGCCGGAACAAUGAACCCUGUGACCCAAAAACCGGGAAAUGUCGCUGGUGUGACCCUGGAUGGACUGGACCCAGGUGUGAGGAGGCCUGCUCCAACAGGACGUUUGGCGAUGGCUGCCGCUCCCUGUGCAGCCCUUGUUUCCAUGGCAAUUGCCAUCACGUGACAGGAAGAUGUAUCUGUCAGCCAGGCUUUCAGGGAGAGAGCUGUAACAGCAGCUGCCCCGCCCUGCAGUUUGGCCUCAACUGUUCCUCUGUCUGCGACUGCGGUGAGGGGGUCGGCUGCCACUUAGUCACUGGAGCCUGCCCCAACAGUAGAAGUGCUGUACUAGCAGGCGUGCUGGUGCCUUUGCUCCUGUUGCUGUUGGCUGUGAUCUGCUGCUGUUUGUGUUGUGGAGGAGCCCCUGUUGAUGGCAAAGACAGGGCGGCUGUGGCUGAUGGAGGCUUGUCCGUUCGGACGAAAUAUCACGUCUACAGCGUCCUGGCAAACAUCAGUGCUGCCCUCCCCUGUAUCUCUAAUUGGUCCUCUAGUCUGCCUCGUGUCACCGUGUCUCACCAUGACCCAGAGCUGACCUUCAACCACAGCUUCAUUGAGCCUCCUUCCUCCGGCUGGGUGACAGAGGGGUCGUCCUUCGACAGUGACGAAGAGGAGGGAGAAGCUCUUUACUGUGUCCCUCCAAGAGAAGACAUCCCAGCAGUGGCAGGCGGUGAGUUCCAGGAGAUGAGCUCAAAGUGUAACAUGUUCUUAGACCCAUCAGGCUUCAGCAGUGAGGACAUCAACUCACCCUUCAACAUACCUCGCACCUCCAGCAUUGCCAAGUCCAAGCGGCCGUCUGUCUCUUUUGCAGAGGGCACCCGCUUCAGCCCCAAGGAAAGGCGCGGCUCUGCUCAGGACCCUGGUGCUCUUCCUCGCAACAAACCCAAAUCCAGCUGGGGGAUUUUGAUGCUCUCUGCCCUCCAAAGUCAAGGGGGUUCAGCUAGAACUGGUGAUGAGGAUGCAGCUGAGUGUGAGGAGAGGGAAGACGAUGUGGAUGUGCAAGCGACAGACAAGCAGGAGUCAAACUGUGAGGCAGGGGACCAGGAAGUAGAAAGACCCCCAUCCAGAGCCACCUUGCAGGUCCCCGGGCUGUCUGGAAGAAGACGGACUAUGUCCAACGCAGCUGCUCAUAAAGGCACCCAGCUGCCAACAUCUGGCUCUGAUUCUCAGGUGGGGGCCUCAAAUAAGGUCACCACAGUGUAUGUAACGGUAGGUAAGGCAGGUAGACCCAUAUCGGAGACAAACUCCGAAGGUCCAGUUCAGGCCAUGCUGCGAAGACUCGGCAGCCUCCAGAGACAAAGAGAGCAGGAGUCUGGUAAGACUGUCAAGUCCAAGGGAGGUGAACAGAUUACCAAACCACCCAGGAAGAAGCUUGGAGCUCGGGCGAGUGUGUGGGAGCAGGGAGGGCCCACUGGAGGGGAGGGUGGCAUAUGUAAACCAGUGAGGAGGAAGCACGCCUCCCACAACUCCUCUGACACAGUGGGCGCUAAUGACACUCCACCAUCAGAGAGCGGCACUUCGAGGCGCCCGCUGUCGUCCAUUUUGAAGAGCGUGCCAGAGGUGGCUUCAGCUGACUCAAGAUCAGACUCGAGGGCUGAGGGAGACCCGAGGGCCGAGGGAAACACGAGGCAGGACUCCAGCACGGGACAAACUGAGAGUCACUACCUGACCGUGGGACCAGCAGGAGACGCUGCAAGUCUCACAGAGGUCAUUGCCAAUAAAGGAGUGGUGGUCAGUGUGAAUGAUGAGCCCUGCUAUGAAAACGUCAUGAUUAACCAUUCGUAACCUCUGACUAACCACGUCAUCAGCAGGUCUGAUCUUAAUACAGAUGCAUAUUUAUUUUCCUGAGCUCAUCACUGUUACAGGCACAAACUCAGUGACCAUGAAAUCUUGAAUUAUGGUGUUAUUGUUAACAGUUAUAUAGAAAUGUAGUUCACAUAUUGAUGUUUAUGCAGCAUGUGUGAUCACAAAACUACACAAUCCCUUAGCCCAAACUCUAAGGAAGUACUGUAAUAUCUGGGCCUUUGUUUGCUUCUUGAAUAAGAAAGGAUAAACAAACAUGAAGACUGGAAAGUGGAGAAUAUUAAUUUUAAUGGAAAG